CUGGUUUGUCGACCGAGUCAUAGUUCACACGUCGUGCUGCGUUUCCGGCCCCGCACGGAUUUGGGCGAGUGAUGUGAUGGCUUUCUUGCGGUUGUUUCUGCGGCGACAGUUGCCGAUGGCCGCGUCCCAGUUGUGCCGCGUCGGCAAGCUCCCACGCCGGCCUCCGAGUGGCGGGCUUCACGGCACCGCGCGCUGGCGGAUAGGAGAGAAGGGGCCGUGGGGGAAGAGUCAGAGUCAGAGCCGGGGACCGGAGCCGCCACAACAAGAACAACAGUACCAACGACAGUACCAACAACAGCAGCAGAUGACAGAUUUGGACAAAGCGGACGCUUUGAUACUGAGAAAAUCGCACGAAACAGGUUUCUUGUCAUGGUUUCGAAACGGUCUGCUGGCGACUGGGAUCGGCGUCCUCGCCUUCGUCCAAAGCGAAGUGGGACGAGAGGCAGCCUACGUGUUCUUCACCCUGGGCGGAGCCUGCGUGUCGAUAGGAGCUGCCACCUACACCGCCAGCCUCAUCACCACGCGCAGGCUGAUGAUGCUGUCCGUGCCCGCCGUGCUCUUCCAGGGCGCCAUGGUGGGAAGCGUCGCCCUCUUCUGGCUGUGCGCCGUAUCGCUCUACAUAGGAAGCCUGGAGGUGAAGAUAGUCUUCGAUGACGAGGAGGAGGAGGAGGAAGAGUGCCGGGAGUGCCAGGAGAGGCGCGGGCACAGGGGGCACCGUGGCGCUGAGGACGGGGACGGCAAGGGGGGCGACAAGUAGAGGUGUGUAAACAUGAAAACAUGGGUGUCAUGCAGGCCAAAGCCAACUAUGGACUUUAAACACCUUUGACCCCACACUUCAAGACCAUGGACACUCACCAGCCACUACAUUAGGCACCCCUACACAGACACAGGCCUAAACAUAGCAAAUCUUAAAAACCGGAAGUGGAAAAGCACUGUACAAUAACAUUAAACAAACCAUUUAGUUUGUGUAUUCAUACCUUAUGAAGUGUCUCCUGAGUGGAAGUUUGUUUACCUAAAGUUUGCUGAUGCAUUUGUUGACUUUUUGCAUGAUUUACUUUUUUUUUUUGUGGGGUUAUUUUUAUGUAACUCCGGGGCAUACUUGCCAACCCUCCCGGAUUUUCUGGGAGACUACCGGAAUUCAGCGCCUCUCCCAAAAACCUCCCGAGACAAAUUUUCUCCCAAAAAUCUCCCGAAAUUUAGGCAGAGCUGGAGGCCACGCCCCCUCCAGCUCCAUUCUGAUGCGUAUAAAGAGCGUGUAUGCCCAAUGACGUUAUAACUGUGGAAUGAUCGAGGGCGAGUUCUUGGUUUCUUAUGUGGGUUUAUUGUUAGGCAGUUUCAUUAACGUCCUCCCAGCGCGGUAACAACACACAACAACAGCAGUCACGUUUUCGUCUACCGUAAAGCAGUUCGUCUGCCAUAAACAGCAAUGUUCUGACACUUAAACAGGACAAUACUGCCAUCUACUUUACAUGCAUAUGGUUAGAAAAACAAGGAUGGACAAUUCAACCCUUAAUUCAACAAUGAGUAGAUGAGUGUUAUGUUUGUGUAAACGUGUAAAUAAAUGAACACUGAAAUUCGAGUAUGUAUAUGUAUAUAUAUAUAUAUAUAUAUAUAUAUAUGAAAUACUUGACUUGGUGAAUCUAGCGGUAAAUAUAGAAUAGAAUAGAAUGUACUUUAUUGAUCCCUGGGGGAAAUUCACCACAGUUCGCUCAGAAUAAACAAUGAUAAUAUAUCAUAUAUGAAUAAUAUAAAUAUACUCCCCCCCUCUUAACCACGCCCCCCACCUCCCGAAAUCGGAGGUCUCAAGGUUGGCAAGUAUGCUCCGGAGGAAGGGCUUACAUUUAAAUUACUGCUGCAUUGUAAGCGGGUUUUUCUGUUGAAAAUAUUUUGGUGAGAUCCUGUUUUUUUAUGUACAGUAGUUAAAAUUGUAUAGACAGUUUUAAUGACAUUGAAAGAACUUUUGGGCGUUUUUUUAGAUUGGAGGUUAUUUGUGCCUGUUGGUUAUUGUAUUUGCUGUUUACUUAAUGGUUUGUUUCAUCAAAUGAAAACAUGUAAAUUAUCAAA